UGGUUGUUGCGCAAAGGCCUCUUUUGGGAGUCAUUCUCGCAAGGUCACCUCCAAAGAGCCACCAAUUUCCGAUUUUGCCAUCCAACCAGAGUUGUUGAAACUUGACCUUUAGAAGAAGAACCAUCAAGUAAGCUUACUACUACUAGCUAGUACCUGGUAGUAGCUACUUACUGUACCACCUGUAGCGGUACGGUAAAGGCACCAGUUUACCUGGCUCUUCACUUUACCACCACAAGUCCAAUCGGACGACCAGAUCAAGCCAAGCAAGAGACCUUCCAAAGCACAAAAUAACUCAACGACGUCCUCACUGCACGAUCGCCAUGCCCAGUAAAACGGAAGUGGCCAUUUCUGUGGGUCUCCUGAUGGCGAUGCUGGGGUUACUGUGGGAGUUUUCCUCGUUGCGCCAGUAUCGUCAGUCGCCUCACAAUACUCAACGCAGUACUCGCACGGACUUGAUGUACAGCAACACGACCGCAGUGAUUCUGCAGACCUUCCGGUCCGAGCUCGAAGAUGCAAAGCAGGAACUUUUGGAAGCUAAAUCUCGAUUGAACAAGCAAGAAAAAUCUAUGCAAAAGCUUAGUAAACUCAAGGAAGAAAUCCAGAAUAAUGCCUCUUCCAAGCAGCGUGACUUGGAGAACCAAGUGGCCAAGUUGGAACAGCAGAUGGGCAAACUAUUGGAGACUAAUAAGAAAGGAAUGGUGCCUGCACAACAGCAACCACAGCAAAUCCAAGAGCUACAACCACAACAUCAGCAACAACAACAACGACAAGAGCAACAAGAAACAGAGACAGGCCAGCAGGUCACCAAGAAGGCAGAAAAGACCAAUGAGAAUUGGUGGCUGGCUGAUCGAGUUCCUUUGCUUCCUUGGGAAUUAGAAUCCAUCACGGGAAAAUGUAAUCCUCCAGAUGGUGUUCCGGAGAUUUGCUGCGCCAGAAGUACCACCAAGGGAUCCGGACAACCAGUGGCCUUUCGACCAAACCUGUGCACUACCGAUACCAAGCGAUACGAAAAUGUGGCAGAGAAAACCCUUGAAUAUCUUCAAGAACAUCCUGUGGAUGGUAUGGGGUGUGAUGUGUGCCGUAUCAUCCAAGUCAUGCAGGAACAGAAUUGGAAAACAUUGGUCGUGGCCGGAGAUUCCAUGACAAGGCAAACCUUUGCCGGGUUCCAAUGUGAACUCUUGAGGAGGGGCUAUGAGAUGAAGACAAAGGUAGAAGGGGACUUGGCGGAUCCCCGUAAAGGGCUUCGAUAUGGGAUUCGCCAGAGAAAAACGCUCACCCUCACCAAAAUACCAGGAUCAUCAAAAUCAUCCAAAAUGGUUGAUAUCAAGAUUAUCUUUUACAUCAUGUAUUGGCCAACCGCAGGAAGCAUUGAUCAGUUCAUUCUUGGUCCUGGAACGGAUGUGUACAUCUUUGAUCACUCCCUUUGGUACAGACAUUGGGAAAUGCCAAAGUUUCUGGAAGGCAUGACAGCCCUGCUGAAGCAACUCACAACUGCCAGCAUGCCACCCAAAAUGAUCAUGUGGAGGGAGCAGUCCGCCCAGCAUUUCAAUCGUCCGGGAGGCUCCUAUUCCCCGAAAGGACCUGAGAUGGUCCCUGGGGUAGACGGUUGUGUCCCAAUUCACGACUACACAGCAAAGUACCAACAUGUUCAAGUUAUGAAAAAUGCAACAGAGCGAGCGGGCAUGAACUUUGUGGACCCACACCAGCAGCAACUUGAGCAGCCACCAGCAACAGGACCAUCAUCGUUGUCGUUGUCCAACUCCAAAAAUCUCUACUUUAUUCCUUUUCGAGAUUUUUCAUCACAGUUUCAUGACAUUCAUCGAGACGGAGAGUGUACUCAUUAUUGUUCGACACCCGAUCUUUGGUUGCCCAUUUCUAGAGGAAUACGGAUCCAUAUGGAUAACUACAAUCACUUGCAGGGGCAGAAUGCUGCCAGUGAUGUUCGAAGCUAGCUAGUCCACUGCUGGAGUACUUUUAAAAAUUGUGCCAAUUCUUAGAACUUGCCUUGUGUAAACUUGCCUUGUUGAAACUACACUCAAGCUUAAUCACAAAAAUCCCUUUCACUUACAUGACCUCAAUUCAGACAGCCAAGGUAGAGCCACGGUACCGGUACCAUACCCUGUACCGGUAACAGACACCGUUACUGGCUGAUGGCAGCUGCAUCG